GGUACUGUUUAUUUACAGGCACAGGGGACUUGAGAACAAAGCCUCUUCUGUUGAGUUAGCUAAGGAUGGGGGCUCCUCAACUAAAUUUAACGUUCCUUCAACUUCCCGCAUAAAAAAUUGAAACCCACUCUUUGCCUUUCUUGAGGGUGGGAAAAAUAGACGUUGCUUCAUCUCAAUCUCUCAUCACCUUUCUCUCUGCACUACCCAUGACACCAACACUGUAACCUCCACCAACCAUGUCACCUUCCCACGAAAGCUUCACCAUUAGAGCAAUGCAAUCACAGUGCUUUUGCAUUCUGAUGUUUAAAUAUACAAACUGGAUCAUAGCAAAAACAGAGUAAUUGCUGGCUUGGUGUUCUCUUUAGCAAGAAAUAGGGGCAAAAGUAAGAUGAUGGAACCCGGGGCUCCUGUGUGCAACACCUGUGGGGAGGCCGUUAGGUUGAAGCCAAAUGGGGAGUUGUUUGUGGCUUGUCAUGAGUGUAACUUCUCAAUGUGCAGAUCUUGUGUCGAGUAUGAGUCGAAGGAAGGCCGGAAAGCAUGCUUGAGAUGUAGCUCCCCUUAUGAUGAGCAUUUACUCGAUGACGAUGCUGAUAAAAACCCACCUGGUAGUAGUCAAUCUACCAUGGCUGCUCAUCUCAGUGAUCCACAGCCUCAGGAUGUUGGGAUUCAUGCCAGGCACGUCAGCACUGUGUCCACAAUUGACAGUGAAAUGAAUGACGAAUCUGGGAACCCGAUUUGGAAGAACUGCGUCGAGGGUUGGAAGGAUAAGAAGAGCAACAAGAAGAAAAAGGGUGCUAAAAAUAAUAAGACACAACAAGAACCAGCUGAGAUUCCACCUGAGCAGAAGAUGGAAGACAAGCAGCCUGGAGAUGCUUUAAUGCAGCAGCCACUUUCAGAAAUCGUUCCAAUGUCUCGAAACAAGCUUACACCAUAUAGGCUGUGAUCAUAAUGCGAUUGGUCAUUCUAGGUCUGUUCUUCCACUACAGAAUAACGAAUCCUGUCGACAGUGCUUUCGGUCUCUGGCUCACUUCUGUCAUUUGUGAGAUCUGGUUUGCCUUCUCUUGGGUAUUGGAUCAGUUCCCCAAGUGGUCUCCCAUCAACAGAGUCACAUACCUGGACACCUUAUCUGCAAGGUACUAAAAUUAGUGAUCCCUUCCAAGCUUAAGUAUGUAGUCCGGAUUUAUAUUCUCAACUCCACCAUUCAAUCCCAGGUUUGAAAGGCCCGGUGAACCAUGUGAGCUUGCUCCUGUGGACUUCUUUGUGAGCACAGUCGAUCCAUUGAAAGAACCGCCGUUGAUUACUGCCAACACGGUGCUUUCCAUCCUGGCUUUGGACUACCCCGUGGAAAAGGUGUCCUGCUAUGUGUCUGAUGAUGGUGCUGCCAUGCUCUCGUUUGAAUCUCUGGCUGAAACUGCUGAGUUUGCAAGGAAGUGGGUUCCUUUCUGCAAAAAAUAUUCGAUUGAACCAAGGGCGCCUGAGUUUUAGGAAAAAAUCCCAAAAUACUCUAAUUAUUAAAAAAAAUUCCCAAAA